GAACUCUGGUGGGAGUCACCCUCACAGCCAAAUCGAGUUCCCUUAAUUAACGCGGAGGGUAUAAAACUGCAGCCACUUUCGGAUGAACUUCCCUCUCACUAGCGGAGUUAGGAUUUGAUGCAACAGUACGUCAGUAUGAUUUCCAAACAGCAUCUGGCAGGAGCAGCAACAGCGGCUGUAAUCCACCAAUGUUGGAAAAUGAAAAACUGCGGUCCACGAGACGACAAAUACGUUUGAGACGCCUUUUGGCGUUGAUACGGCAGCAAAAGGAAACCAGGUGUCGGUACAUUUGAAUUCAGCCACCCCAAUUAUGGCAUUCUAUGGAAACCUAUGUGCCUGAGGAGGGAUUUUCGGGUCAUCAGAAUAACUAUGCGGAACCUUAUGCACCUAAUAGCCUCUCCACAAGAUCACGGUUGGAGCCAGGAGAUGGAGGUGCUUGUGUUCAUGUACAGCUUGGCCCAUGGACUGUCCCUGUCUGCGGUGGCAUUGGCAUUUGGGAUCCCCAAAAGCACACGACAUGAUCCGCAGGGUGAGCAAUAGAAUAAAGGCCAAGCUGUCAGUUUUAAUCUCCUUACCAUCAGCACAAGAAAUUCCUGCCAUCACACAGGGAUUCUGCAAUCUUGCUGAGAGUUUUGCACUUGACCAUGUCGCUGGAGCCAUAGAUGGAUGCCACAUCAGAAUUCAAGCCCCAGGGAACCAACACCAAACUGACUACAUAAACUAUAAGUUGUUCCCCUCCAUACAGAUGCAGGCCAUCUGUGAUGCUAGGGCCAGAUUCUUGGAUGUCUUUGUGGGCUUUCCAGGCUCCGUCCACGAUGCCAGGGUUCUUUUGCCAGGCCCUGUACCAGCUGGUUAUUACCUAUUAGGAGAUGGAGCAUACACGUGCCUGGAGAGCCUCAUAGACAUUCUGACACCAUACAAACAACCACUGCGAGGCCGUGUCCAGGAGAGAUUUAACACCCAUCAUGCCAGGGCUCAUUUCGUUGUGGAACGAGCUUUUGGCAUGAUGAAGUCACGCCGGCGAGCCACUCUGUCCAAAGCCUUGGAGGUGAGUCCCACCUUCGCCCCAGACCUAAUCACCUGCUGUGCAUUCCUGCAUAAUUUGUGCAUCAGCAUGGAUGAUGAGCUGGAAGAACUGGAUGAGGUGCCCAAUGCUGCAGACCCACAGAUUUCUCCCCCUGUUGGAGGACAAGAAAGGCCUGGAAAUCACAUAAGGGACACAAUUGCUGCUCGUCUCUCUGCCCCAAUCAGGGUGUCACAACAUUUAAACGCACAUGACUAUUUGUAAUGUUUGCACACAUUAUUUUUGGUCAUUGAGGAUGUUAUCUUAUUUGUUCUAUUAUGUGAAACAUCUUUAGAUAUACAUGUUAGUUGUGAGCAUUUCUCAUUUCAAAUAAAAAUAAAGUCUUUACCACAAAUUAAAACAAGCUGGCGCCAUA